ACUGCCAAGGCUGAUGAUAUAAUUCAUAAAUGGUUUCCUGGUUGGGAGUUCAAAGUAUCCAGUAAUUCUGCGGGUUUGGGCAAGUUAUGGUUGAUCUGGAAAUCUGAUGUUAAGCUCAAUAUUCUUCAUAAAACAGAUCAGUUCAUUCACUUAGUGGCAGCUUUAUGGGUGCCUUUUUUCUCUCAGUGGUGUAUGCUUCUAAUGAAGAGUUAGAUAGAAGAGUUCUUUACAGUAACUUGAAAAAAUUCCAAGUUAGUACUACACCAUGGGCAGUCUUAGGGGAUUUCAAUGCAAUAGGUGAUGUUAGUGAGGCAUCUAAUGCUCCGCAGUUUUCAGGUAGUAUGGCUGAUUUCAGGUGUUGGCAAUUUGACUGUGAUCUGGAAGAGCAUAAAUCUUCUGGCCCUUGGUUCACGUGGAUAAACAAGUAGCUGGGUAACCCUAUAGCCAGGAGAUUGGAUCGGGUGUUUGUUAAUACUAAAUGGCUGGAGGGGUUAGGUUCUAGUACUAUGGAUAUGUUGGACCCUUCAGUUUCUAACCACUGUCCCAUCUUUCUUAAUACUGAUAGCUCAAUAAAUUUUCUCGCAAAACUCUUCAAGUUUUUCAAGUUCUGGAUUAAGCACCCUCGCUUUAUGGAACUGGUUGAGGAAGCCUGGAAGUCAACUGUGGAGGGUUCUCCUCUUGUUUGUGUCUGUAAGAAGGUGAAGAUAUUAAAAGGCUUACUAAAGAAGCUCAACAAGGAUGUUUACUCUGAUCUGAGUGAAAGGGUUAGAUUAAAAUCGGCUGAACUGAUGGAAGCACAGGCUGAGGCCUUAAAAAACCCUUCUCCCUCUACUUUUGAAGUAGAGAUUAGACUUGCAAGAGAAGCCAAAGAGUUAAGAGAAGCUGAGGAAUCUUUUUUCGGUCAGAAAUCUAGGGAAGUAUGGCUUAAAGAAGGUGACUCCAAUACUCCUUAUUUUCAUAAAUCUGUCAAAAGCAGGCAGAAGAGGAACAUGAUAAGAUCCUUGUUGGAUGAUACUGGUACAAGGGUUACUGAUACGAUGGAAUGUCUAUAAUAGUAGAGUGUUUCUAUCGGAAGUUGCUGGGUGAGAAAGAUCAAAAAGUUGUUGUCCCUGAAGUUGACCAGUUAAGAAGAAUAUUGAUGAAAACUUUGCCUCCUGAUCCAGCUGAGGGAUUAUGCACUCCUGUUACAGCUGAGGAAGUCAGAUCCACAUUGUUUGGUUUUAAUGGUGAGAAGGCCCCUAGUCCAGAUGGUUUCCCUGCUUGUUUUUUCCAGGCUGCUUGGAGUAUAAUUGGAGUGGAGGUAACUAAUGCAAUCCUCUUUUGCUUUCAAGUGUCUCAGAUACCUGUUAGUAUUAAUUCCACCCUCUUAGCACUUAUUCCCAAAGUUAAGAACCCUGAGGAAAUGAAAUUCUUUAGACCAAUAUCCUACUGUAAUAUUCUCUAUAAGUGUAUGGCUAAAAUACUAGCAACAAGGCUAAGUUCUGUUAUGCCUAGUAUUAUUAGUGAAUCCCUGACAGCUUUUGUUAAGGGUCGAGUUAUUGGUGAAAACAUUUUGUUGGCUCAUGAGUAGGUCCAGAAAUAUGGUAGAAAGAACAUAUCUCCUAGAUCAUUAAUCAAAGUAUAUUUGAUGAAGGAAUUUGAUUCAGUGGACUGGGGCUUCCUAUUCAAUGUAUUGCAAGCUAUGGGAUUCCCUAUUAGGUUCUUAAACUGGUUGAGUAUGUGUGUGACUACUCCUAAGUUGAGCAUUGGUUUCAAUGGAGGUUCAGUAGGGUACUUUUCUGCAAAAAAAGGGUUGAGACAGGGGGAUCACUUCUCCCCUUACCUGUUUGCAGUGGCUAUGGAAAUAUUUUCCUGCCUUAUGAAUGAAGCUGUUCAGCAGAAUGCUAUGCCAUUUCAUCCUAUGUGCAAGAGACUAGGGUUAACUCAUCUUAUGUUUGUUGAUGAUCUUUUGCUUUUCUCUGAUGGGUCUAACUCUAGAAUUCAAAGUAUCAGAGGGUUUUGUCACAGUUCAGGAUAAUGUCUGGUCUUCAAUCUAACCCUGCAAAAUGUAAAUUAUAUUGUGGGGGGAUCAAUGAGCAAUGGCAAGUUAAUAUGGCAAGUUUCUUGAGCUAUAAGUUGGGGAAACUCCAUGUUCGUUACUUGGGACUUCCCUUGAUGGCAGGGAAGCUCACCAUAAAAACCUGUACUCCCUUGAUUGAUAGAGUUACUAGACGAAUUUCUAACUGAAAGUCCAAGUCCUUGUCUUAUGCUGGUAAGUUCCAGCUGGUUAUGUCUGUUUUGUAUAGCCUCACACAGUUUUGGAUGUCUAUCUUUAUCCUCCCUAAGGCUGUCAUUAGAACUAUUGAAAAACUGUGUAGUGACUUCCUUUGGGGGGUAGGAGAUGGGGCUAGGAAAAAGGCAGUGGUGGCCUGGUCUAGAAUCACUUAUCCAAAAAUAGAGGGUGGUCUGGGACUUAGGGACAUGGCUUCAUGGACCUUUGCUUGUGUGAUGAGACAUAUUUGAGCUAUCCUACUGCAACAAGGUUCUCUCUGGGUUGCUUGGAUUUGGGAAUAUAGAAUUAAGAGGAUGGAUUUCUGGGUUGUAACUGCUAAAGCAGGCUCCUAGCUAUGGCUAAAGUUGUUAAAGUGUAGAGACAAAGAUGAGGCCCUGGUUCUCUGUGAAUGCUGAUGGUGUUUAUUGGAAAGGGGUUCAAAUGGAGAAAUUCAACAUAAAGAAAGUGUGGGAGGAAGUCAGGCCAAAGAGAAGUCAUGUUGCUUGGAGCUCUCUAGUUUGGAAAGGAACAUGUAUUCUCAGGAAUCAGUUCCUAGUAUGGCUUGUCGUGAAUGAUUAUAUAGUAACAGGUGAUAAAACACAGGGAUGAUGGGUUGGUGGUCAGGGUUGCACCUUCUGUUCUUGCACCAUGGAGACGAGGUCUCAUGUUUUUGCUGAGUGCCAUGUGUACAGACAGUUGUUUGGGGCUUUGUUUGGAAAUUACACAGGUCGUACCCCUGGGGAUCAAUGGCUUGAAGAACUUAAAUGGGCAUCCUUGAACUUUAACAAGAAAACUACUAUCUCUCAAGGGGGGAAAGUGAUCUGGCAGGCCUUGAUUGCUACCAUUUGGCGAGUAAGAUGCAAGGUAAGAUUUGGGGGGCAAGUGCUGGAUAUGAAUGAACUGAUCCUGCUGGUUAAAGGUGAGCUCAGGCUGUUCCUAGAUCCAGUGAUAGUUGAGAAGUUUUUCUAAUUACAAAGGUUCUAUAGUUUUGUUAGUUGAGAUAGAGCAGCAGGUUGUUUUUCUUUGUCUAUAGGUCUGAUGUGCUCAGUUGGCAGAGCUUGUUGCCAGCAAGUUUUGUUCCUUUGAUGAAAUUUGAUGAAAUGAAAGAAUCAACCAAUUCAUAAAAAAAAAAAAAAUUGUGUUGUUAAAAGUUUUGGGUACCAAAAGGUAAUUAAAAUUUUAGGUUGGAUGGAAAACUAGACAAAUGCACUUUUUAGGAACUUCAAUGGUACUCGGCGCCCGAUUCAAACUUUAGUGAUAUGUCUGCCUCAAUUCUCAAAUUUAAGUGGUACCGAGAAACUCUAAACAAAACAUAAGCAACAUUUGUUUUUAUUUAUUAAUUAAAUUUUGUGAAUCAUUCUACCAAAAAAAAAGUUUGUGAAUGACAUGCUGACCGUAGUUACGAUGAUUUACCAAAUUGGAGUCCAUCUGUUUCCCAGCACGAAACUCUGUCAGUGUCCAUGUCCUUGAUUCAUUUCAUAUUUAUUUUAUUUUAUUAAUUAUUUAUUAAGUAGAAAAAGCCAAAAACCUCUCUGAUUUCCUGUCUCUACGUUGCCUCGCUCUUUCCCCGUCCUACCUUUUCGUAUUGGCCGUCGGAGGUCCGUGGUUGCCGCCACCGGAAUCCGGCGAAGUUCUAGGCGCCUGCGUUAUUCCGUGUAAUGGAGACUAUCUAAGCCUUGCUCCGGAGGGGUAGUCGAGGCCAUUCCGACCGGCAAAAGAGAAAUGUCUCGUCAAACGCCGACGGCGCAUUUCCACAAAUCCAAAACUCUCGACAACAAAUAUGUAAGCUCAAUUCCUUUUCAAUUCCCUGCCGUGGCUUCUGUUUUCGAGCAUAUUUUGCCUUCUCCGUUCUUCUCGAGGCUUAAUUCCUGCACUUCCCUGUUCUACUCGUCGCGGACAAUUUGGGCAUAGAUUUCUCCAGUUCCCUUUCUGUGUUCGUUCUUGUUGGUUGAAGUCUUCAGGACUGUAGGGUUUUAUCCCCAGGUGGAUUGCCACUCAAUGCUUGCGAUUUGGUUGGUUACCAGCAAAAUUCGUUAUCGGGAUUCUCGAAUUGUCUCUGUUCUGAACUCCUUAGAUUCCGAUUAUCACUUAGAAUGCCGAUUAUAGCUAACUUCUGAAUGGCUUUGCUUCAUCGGACCAUAAGUUGUUCUUAAUUUCAGUCGGCUAGCCUUUCCAUUUGUGAAGUAACUGUUCAUUAGCGAACAGACUAUUGCUAUUCUACAAUCCGUCAUACAGUAUUGUGGAUUUGGAUUAUAGCAAGUCUGGAAGUAAGCUGCUACUUGGCUCCUAAGAAGUGUGAUCAAGGAGCUACAGUUUGGGUUCUAAGCAGUAGUAUCUGACGGCAUUUUGCAGUGAAAAAUUUAUAGGAAUAAAAAAAUUUCCGAGUC